AAAUUAUUUAGUAUUACAUAAACUUUCUGAUUCAUUAGAUAUUAAAAAAUUUUUAAAGUAGUAACUGAGUAACAAUGCAAUAUAUAAUAGCAUUUCUGUUGGUAACUGGAACAACUUUUCAAAUUGCACAAUCAGACGGUGAUCAAUUUCAAAAUACUGGUGUAUGGAUUUUACCAAAUUUUUCAAAAUCAAUUUCAUGGAUUGAAAAUAUGGCCAAGGAAGCAUCUGAUGAAUUUAUAAAUUUGUCGUACAACAUGAAAGACAAAUUACAAAAUGUUUUUACUAUAUCGUCUAUACCAAAUUCUGAAACGAUAGAUGGUAAUGUGGGAAAAGUACAGAUUUAUACUUCAAGAACAGUAAUCACACCAUCUCAAGAUUCAGUAACAGAUAUAGCCAUAGAAAAAAUGCCACCUCAAGAAUUAGAUACAAAUAUUGGACAAAUGAACAUGCAACCUCAAAAUGUAGUAACAGAUAUCAACCAAUUAAUUAACCAAGAAAUUAUGCCACCCCAAGUUUCAGAAACCAUAAUAAAAUACAAAAUACAAUCUCAACCAGAUGAAAUACUAUAAUAGAAUCAUAAUACAUUUUGUUUAAUCUUUAAAUUUACAUUUAUUUAAUUUAAAAAUAAAUUAAUACAAUAGA